CCGGCCUCGAUCAUGUCCUCAUCAACAACCAGCACUGGGCCUCUCAAACGGAAAGCAUUUGAUGCAGAUUCGAGUCAACCCAAUAAGACAGCCAAGAAAAUACACCCUUUCUUUACUCAGGGAACGAAGGGAUUGGAACAAUCGCAAGGCAGUUUUAAGUGGCUCAAGUCACUAGGUCCAAAGUCAACCUGCCUCCAUGGCGUGAAUCUCGAACCACCAUCAAGAACAAAAGUUGCUUUUCUCGACCUAGACGGAACAAUUAUUAAGUCAAACCUUGGUUCCAAAAAUACGUCUUGGGAGUGGUGGAGACCACAAGUUCCGGGAGCAUUAAAGAAACUACAUGAAGAUGGCUACUCGAUAGUAAUUGUCAGCAACCAAGCCCUCAAAUCCGCUGCACUGAAAACCUGGAGGGAUAAAAUACCAUCCAUCGCUGCUUCCUUGUCGACAAUACCCUUUCGACUAUUUGCAGCUACAGCCAAAGACUACUACCGCAAGCCCAUGAUUGGCAUAUGGAUGGAGCUGAAACGCAUAUUCAACGAGGACGGUGUUGAAAUAGACCAGUCCUCAUCUUUCUUUGUCGGGGAUGCUGCGGGCAGACAAUACGCCGGCGGCCGUAGUGACUUCUCGGGUACGGAUCGCAAAUGGGCCUUGAAUAUAGGAAUCGCUUUUCAUACACCCGAGGAAUGGUUUCUGGGGGUUCCUGUCCAUACCAAUAUUAAGCUAGAGGGUUUCCAGGUAUCCAGCCUACCCGAAAUGCCACUGUAUACCCCAACAAGUUUGCCCCUAAUACCGGAUCCUCGCGUUGUCGAGAUUGUUUUAUUCGUAGGAUAUCCAUCUUUGGGGAAAACCUCCUUCUACAGUCGCUAUCUAAAACCUGCCGGAUAUGUACAUGUUAAUCAGGAUGUAUUGGGUUCCCGUGCUAAAUGUAUUUUAGGGGUCGAGCAGGCCCUCGACCAAGGUCUUUCCUGUGUGGUGGGUGAGAAUCACCGUUUCGUGACUCCUUUUUUUGUUCGCUUGAUGUUCUACGUUCCUCCAGAUAACACAAACAGGGAUGCUCAGACGCGGAAAUACUACGUCGACUUGGCCCAGAAGCGGCAAGUCUCCGUCAGAUGUUUUCAUUUUUCAGGAUCGAUGGAAUUAGCCUGGCAUAACAAUCUUUAUCGAGCGUUCAAUAUGCCACCUUCUGUUGCCGCACGAGAGCCGAAACGUGAUUUAGUUCCUUAUCUGGCGUUCACGUCUUACAAGGGUGCCUUCGAAGAACCGGAGCUCUCCGAAGGCUUUUCGGAGAUCAGGAAGAUCAACUGGGUGUUUGAGGGUAAUGAGGAGGAGCGGCGUCACUGGAGUAUGUGGAUGCAGCUAGAGGGUAGAUAAAAGCGCUCGUAAUGAACGCGAUUUCCUGUGAAACACUGAUCAAGAUUUAGAAUCAGGGGUGUACAACGGAUGCCUACUGUCCACCAUGGAGUGUCCUUUCCACUUCCCUCCGCUCCCUCGACGAAGCUCUCUUGCAUGCCGUCCGUGACUUUCCACCAUCUCUGAGUCUCAGGGUCCUCCGCCACCUUCUUCAUGUCUGCCUCGUAAUCCGAUCCAGUGUAUUUCAUGGUGGCUAUGAGAAGCUGGAGUGACGGGUAGUAGUGGAUGGAGUAAUCGACGAUAUGAGCCCUUUCCAGUGCUGCGAGCACACCUGGCCACACUUGUGCAUGGAUAGCCCGAUAUUCUGCUUCUGCAGAGGGCUUCAGCUGGUCACGUCAUCUCAGGAGUGGAGUUUGGAAACGGUCAAAGGAGAGACGGCACCUUGAUUAUCUGACAGAUGCGUUUGGUGUGAGGGACUGACAUGGGGUAUAUUUGAGCACUUGAUACAAAGAAUUUUGAUUUUAAUACCCAGCUAACGGUCCGAACCGGACCAUUCAUUAUAUAUGUUCGAACGAGU